GUCCUUUGUUAACCAGCGCUAGUAGUACGGCGAUGUCCUCUAGCGGCCAUCCGUAUUCCAGCUGGGGACCACAACAUCAGCCAGAAAAGCAGGUGUUGUAUUCACGAACACAGCCCGCUAAUGCGGAAAUAAUUGCGUCGUCGCGCACGGGGCGAGAACUGCGUGGUGAGAAUCUUCCGCAAAUGAUGGACCCUGUUUAUGGCGGGGAGUUCAGCAGGG